AACCGGAACGCAACCAUUUCCGGUAUCUGUGCAGUCGGCAGCCAUAUUGUAUUUCCGUUCUUCAAGGGUAUCUGAAGACACAAGGCCAGACAACAUGUACCGGUUUGCAAAGGCUGCAGCUAACAUCAGCAGUCGGGCUGCUCAGCAGGUGAGACAUGGAUCCAGCGGCCAAAACAACUUCCACGCCAAGUACGGCAUGGGGGUGUUGGUCAGUGGAACCGUCUUCUGCACGGCCGUGUGGGCAUAUGUUUUGACUCAGACCGGCAUCGCCUGGAACUUGUCACCUGUUGGGAAGGUGAUGCCCAAAGAGUGGAGACAGGCUGAGGAGUGAAGAUCCAGCAUGACACACCUGCACCUCAACUGAGACGCCUCCUGGAUGUACAGAUGACAAACCAAUACCUGCUUCUUUUUUCCAACAUGUUGUCCAAAAUAAAUUCCUCAAUUCCA